CCCCCUUCGCUGCCGCCCGCCGCGGCGACUCGCCCUGCCGCGCCCGGGGCAGCAGGCGCGCCGGGGCCGGGGCCGGGGCCGGUUUUAUGGUGCUGUGGAAGUAUCUGGAAGUUUGUGGCCCAGGAUUCCAGCACAUUAGGAACUGUAAAAGCACAAGGUUUUAGGUGUCCUUAAUCGGUGGAGAUUGCCUGACCUGUUCCCAUCUUGGAUGAUCUCGACGCCUCAUCUACUCAGCCAUGUCGUACAGUGCAGGUUUGGGGGAUCCUAAUCAGCUGGCCCAGCGCAUAACUUCUAACAUCCAGAAGAUCACCCAGUGCUCUGCAGAAAUACAAAGAAUACUACAUCAGCUUGGAACAGCACAAGACACGCCUGAGUUGAGGCAACAGCUGCAACAGAAGCAGCAGUACACAAACCAGCUUGCCAAAGAAACUGACAAGUACAUUAAAGAGUUUGGAUCUUUGCCUGCAACAUCUGAACAGCGUCAAAGAAAAAUACAGAAAGAUCGUCUUGUGGGGGAGUUCACUACAGCACUAACAAAUUUCCAAAGACUCCAAAGGCAAGCUGCUGAGAAAGAAAAAGACUUUGUAGCCAGAGUAAGAGCCAGCUCAAGGGUAUCUGGUGGUGCUCCUGAAGACAGUUACAAAGAAGGAACACUUGUCUCUUGGGACAGUCAACCUCAAGCACAAGUGCAAGAUGAGGAAAUUACAGAAGAUGAUCUCCGUCUCAUUGAGGAGAGAGAGUCUUCCAUUAGGCAGCUUGAGGCAGAUAUUAUGGACAUAAAUGAAAUUUUCAAAGAUUUAGGAAUGAUGAUUCAUGAACAAGGUGAUGUGAUAGACAGCAUAGAAGCCAAUGUGGAAAAUGCAGAUGUACAUGUCCAACAGGCAAACCAGCAGCUGGCAAGAGCAGCGAACUACCAGCAAAGGUCCAGGAAGAAAAUGUGCAUCCUCAUUCUUAUACUUGCUAUUGGAGCAUUGAUCCUCGGAAUCAUCAUAUGGGUAUCUACAAAAUAAGUCUCUGGAAAAAGCAUUAUAAUUGUUAUUUAAAUUAUGAAAGGCAAUUCCUACAGUCAUGGUUUUCUCAUUGUGAAGCUGAGUAAAAUAAUGGUUCUGUACUUGAUCACACUUAACUUUUUUUUAAUGAGACUUUGUUUUGACCUAAGAAGUAACAUUCUCAGUGCACCAGUUGGUAUAACUGCCUGCCUCUUGGAUGUGAGUGCUUCUUACCAGUAAAAUCAGUCAACUUCGUAAAUGUUCUGUUAACUUAAACAUAAAAACCUCUUAGGGUUUAGGGGGCUAAUCAAAAAUCCUGGUAACUUCUUUUGAAGGAGGGGUAGUUAUCUUUGGGGUAUUGCUAAAUAUUGCUGCCAAAACAAACUCCCAAAUUGUUGCUUGAGGCAACAAAUUAAUAUCUUGGACUUUAUUUUUAAGCUAGUAAUGCCUUUCUAUCUCUUUCCCUUCCCUUCUACCCCACCCAUCUGCCCAUUUGUUAUGGGUGAUUCAAAAAUAAAAUGUAGGUUGCUGAAGUUGGUGUGAUUUCUCUCUUUAAAAACUGAAGAUCUUAAAUUAAGCCUUCAGUUUGCAUCUUUCAGAUGCUUCUUUAUGUGGCAUUAAGUGCCAUUAUGCCUGGAAGCCUCUUGCAAAGGUAGGUAGGGUGGAUGGUGUAACUUGUGAGCGUGGAUAUCUUGUUUCAGUUCUUGUAUUAAGAAAUAGUGUGUUUAAUGUGUGCGCACCUGAUACCUUCACAUCUGAUGUGUGCAUCAAUGAGCUUGGCUAGAUGAAAAUAAGUUCCAGUCUGUGAAUUAUUAGGUUAGAUCUUUGGGAAGAAUAGAAAUUCCCAACUUCCUAACUACACUUGAAUGUCACUGUUCCGAAACUGCUGUGAUUCGGUUUUUGUGAACAGACCUGAAGUUGUAUGUGAGGUAUUUUAUACAUCUGGGGAAAAGAAGAUUACAAGUUAAAUUCCAAGUUCAACAGUGAUAUAUGAUAAUAAAUUCUUAAUCAGUUGAACUGAAGUUUAAUAAUGCUUUAGCCUUUAAAAUGACCUUUUUCCAUUUUGUGCCAUUUUUUACUAAUAUAUUAGAGAUAUAACUGAACACAUUUUUGCCAAUUAAUCUAUCUGCCUUUUUAUUUGAUGUUGGUGCACUAAGCUGAAAAGUGUACAGGUAAAAAAGGCACUUAAUCUGUAUUUUAUAAAAUUCUUGUACACUAGAUUGGUAGAGAAUGCACUGUCUAUAUGGUGGAGCUAUAAAAUUUUAUUUGGGAACAAUUUAACUGUAAACAUAAAUGAACUUCUGAACUGUAACUGUGCAACCAAAAUAAAGGUCUUUUAAAGCGUA